AUGUUCAGAUCACUCAGUAGCAAGAACUCGGCAUCCUCGUCUAAGCGCAAAAGGCAGAUCAAUCAAGUCGCCGUCCCGAAUCAAAAUCUGGCCUCGGCCCAAUCUCCUUUGAAUGGUUCUUCCGGUCCCUCAUCCUACUACACCGCUUCUGAUCGACUCCAUCAACUCGAGCCUCGAUCACUGACGGAGGAUGCAAUCAGGAGCCUUAGCAUGCAAGAUGAUGGAUGGGGAGAUACAUAUUCACAUGCAGAAGACCUGCCUCCAGGAGGUGCUCAUGCAGACAAUGACCCACGCUUGAACAGAGCUUACAAGGAUGAUGCUGGCCAGCGAUAUGACGAAGGUCUGGAGCAUCACUCCUCGGUCGAGAAAAUAGAGUUGAACAACCACUCAUUGUCUUACGAAGACCAUUCACAAGAUUCGUUCGGUAAAUCUUCUCACGUGCAAGACCAGUUCCCCGGUCAGGAUCCUUCGACCUUUGCGCGUUCUGCAUUCAACCCCACUAUGGCUCAAGGUGCUGCUGCUACGUAUUAUGCUGGUGACCAGGUCCGACCUUCUUCCUCAUCUGUCAACCAGGUCCCUCAAUUAGGCGCGGGAGCUGCCCCCGAGUACUACUCACAGGUCCCAAUGCAGGCUCCUGAGGCUGGGAACCAGCAUGCGCCUACGCAAGCCUUCAAUGCCCCUCAAAACACAUCCUACCAUCCCACCGGACAGACAGGAUCUUUUAACAGUCCUGCCUAUCCUGCUAAUUCUUACACUACUGGCCCGAUCAACACCCAACCUGAUGUCAAUGCUGCAGCUCUUCACGAUCAGAAUUAUACAUAUCAGCAACCACAUCGUCCCACUGAAGCCUUCGCACAAGAACAUCCUAUUUCGCAUGAGACACAUCACCAGCACUCUCAGUCUGUACCUCAUGCAACCACAUACACUGAUCAAGAUUACAACACAUUUUUGCCUAGCCAACUUCCAGGAUACGGUGAGCAAGCUUCGACAAAUCAAAAUUUGCCAUAUGUUGCAGCCGCGGGAGUAGCAGCAGCAGGUGCUCAGAGCUAUCAUCACAGAAUGCAUAAGCACAACCACUCAGCUCCUAUCGGCAACGACAGUGGUCAAGUAUACUCUCCUCCAAGGCCGUACACUUCCGGAAACAUGGCGAUGCAGCACAAGCACAAAGGUCCCAUCAGCAAAUUUGUGGAAUGGUGGAAAGACUACGAAGAUGUGCGCAAGAUGGAAGAGUAUACCGAGUAUAUUGGUGUUUGUAGAUAUUGCUUUGAUCCUCGCUCUGCUGUUACAGACGCUCCUAGGAAGCACUAUCGGGGAGGGAGACGGUCUUCUGAUUCGCUGCGAAGACGCUCUAGUGACUCGCUCCGUCGUUCAUAUACCAAUGGCUCCAAGUAUGGUAGGAUUGACAAGGAUGCGAGAUACCACUCAUCAGACAGCGAACGCCGAAGCAAGAAAACCGAUUGGCUGGGUGCUGGCGUCGCUGCAUACGGCAUAUCAAAGGUCGGAAAGUCUCUGUGGCAAAACUCUCGGGAUUUUGACGACACUUAUAGUGUCAAGUCAGGAAGAAGGAGUGACACCUCGAGAACCAGCCGUCGUAGAGAGACGACUCAGAAUUAUUCGUCGGGUCAUGAGAGCAGACCAGAGCGCACCAACGACCGCAGAAGGAUGGACGAUGACUUAGGCGACCGCUUCGAAACUAGUACCCAGAACUCAGCAAGACGACCAGAGCACACCGGUGCGGACUCGAGGUGUAGUCAAGACGGCCGUUAUGAUAGCACCAAGUCAGGCGUUGCGACUGUUGGAGGUUCGCGACACAGCCAGGAACAGAUUCACGUGCGCCAUCCUAGUCCUUGGGUCAAAAACGAAUCACCACAUCCAGCAUCCCACCGAGGCUAUAAAAGUCGGUCGAGAAGUCAAAGUCCAUCUCUGGCUCAGAUCUUGGGUUUGUCUGGUUCGCAGAAGCGCAAGUCAGCAACAGCUUCACGCUCAUCAUCACCACAGCAAGGAGGUAUGUUCACUGGCUUCUUCUCCGCACGACCAAGUAGGAGCAGACCCAAGCAGAGCAAGAAGAAGGGAUUCUUUAACUUUGCCAAUUCAUCCUCAUCAUCUGCCAACUCUGAUCUUGCCUUUGGUGUUCAUCCCAGCAAGAAUGGGAAGUUCUCACGAAGAGCUACCAGAAAGAGUUCAGACGAGCAUCUCAAGGCUACUCUAUUAGGUAUUGGUGCUACUGCUGCUGCUCUCAGCGCGGUACAGCGAGGCAAGCCAAGCAGCAAGAAACCAGAGCCUACCAGAUCACGCAAUCAAGACAUCCGUCAUACCACACAGCGAAGUAAGCAGAACACCAGUGAGGAGGAGGGCUGGGAGUCAGCAAGCGAUGAUGAGAGUGUCUCUUCUGGCCUCGCAUUUGGCGACUUCGAUCGCAAAGCCCCUAGACGACAACGUAGCUCUGAGUCGAUUACUUCACAAAGUUCUGGUACUGACAAGUGGAGCUGGCGCUGGCGCCGUAAGCCGAACAAGAAGAUCGCUACUGACGACAUCUCAAAAACCUAUCACGAAGACGCUUACUCCGGCAAGGAACCUAGUGUAACCUCGUCGCAGCCACUGCAAUACGUGCACUCAGUCCCAAUUUCUAGCCCAAUGCAUUCUGAAAAACGCGGCCAUCCAUCAAUGCCUGGUGCAUUCCCAGAGCAGCAAUGUGUUAGCGAACACACACCAAUACAACAGCCGCAACCGGUCAUGCCUUUGCAAUCUAGCAUCUUCGGUAAUCAGAGUCCGCCUCAUACCUCUCAUGUUGAUCAGCCUAGUCCUCGGNUAUUCACGCGCCCUGCUCUGCCCACAGAGCUGAGGCGUACACAAUCGAGUCCUGUGUCAAGCCACACCAUGCGUAAUGCUGCGAUAGCUGGACUAAUAGGCGCGGCUGCAGCUGGGAUCCUUUCCAAUGGCAAAAGCAGAGCUAGAGACGACAGUCCCAGCAAUGUCCGCUUUGAGCUAACCGAAAAGCAAGCUAAGAAAGAGGAGCGUCAGCAACGCAAAGACGAUGCUAAAGAGAGCAAGGAGCGUGCCAAAGUAGAGACUAGAGAAAACAAGGAACGUGCUCGCCUCGAUCGUGAAAGAGCAUUGAAAGAAGAGGCAGACCGGAUAGCGGCUGAAAACGCGAGGCGUUAUGCUGAGGAAGCAGAGCGUCAGAAGCUUCUUGCCGAACAGGCCGACAGAUAUCAAGCUCAACUGCGAGAAGUAGCGGCUGCUGAAGCUAGAGAGCGAGAAGAAGAUCGUCAGAGGGAAGAAGAAAUCAAGGAGUUCAUGAAGAACGCGCUUGCGGAGCAAGCUCAAGAAGCUGAGGCUAAAAAGCAGCGCGAGGCUUGGGAAGCCCAGCAGUUGGCAACUGCGAGACAAGUUUCUUCUCCAGAGUCAGCCGCUGGCCCUUCUACAACUUCUCGAGCAACUAUCGGCAAAUCACAAGACUACUACGCCAGUCAACCUCAACAAGAUGCAAACAACCCUUCGAACAUGCCUUAUGCCACUCGUUCUUACGAACCGUCUAAUGAACAUAGUGGUCAACCUCUUAUGGACGACGACCUCAUCGACCCAGACUUCUUCACUCGCAGGCGUAGCCACAGCGAGCUAGCUCGACAUGAAGAGCUCGCUAGAAAGGCAGCAGCCAAGGUUGUUGCUGACCUCGAGAGCAGAUACAAGGAUCCCGCACCAUCUCAGGCUGAAUUCUUCGCACCCAAGGAGCUCUUCGAACCAUCGAAAGGCAAGACCAAAGUCCACGGACCUAUCGACGAUACCGAUUACCAUGUCUAUCACAUGUCGGAAGAUCAAGCUGCUUCCAUGCCUAACGAGCCACCGCCACCCUACCAGCCAUCUUACCAGUUCGCAGACUUGAGGGAUCUCAAGAGUACGGCACCAUGGGAUAUUCCCAAGCUCAACGUGAUUGCACCCACACCACCUGCAAGCUACGCCGGUUCAGCCAAAGGUGACAAAUCGCCAAUCAGUGCUUCGAAGAAAACUGUUCGAGAACCUAGUCAGAAGUAUAACGAUGACACCGAGCCGCAAAAGUCGAGUAAGGUCAGCUGGGGCGAAGAUCAAACUCGUUUCUACGAGAUCACGACUCCACAAUCAUCUCAAGAGCAGAUUGUCUCCGAGCUGCCUCAUGGGGAACCUGGUUCACACACCGGAUACAAUUAUCCUGAGGUAGCUCAAGCAAGGUUCAACGGCAAUGAAAACGUGAUCAAUGACACGAACUUGAGCAAGGAUCAGGCAGAUGAACUAGUUGAGGAGAUUACCAGGGAGUCGCCAACCACAUCUUCGGAACGCUUCUACCAACAGCCGUUCUUCGAGAGUGUCUCCGACAUUGCUUUCACACUCGACUCGCCAGGUACCGAAGGCGCACCCCCAGUACAAGGAUUCAUUGAGGGUGAGAUUGAUGAUGUGAAUGAGAUUGACGACCGUAUGCCUCAUGUUCCUGGUGGCUUCGAAGACGCAAACUCACUUCCUCGACCUGAAGACUCGUUCAAUGCAGAUAUUCAGAACCUCAGUCGUGAGGUCAUGCAAGAACAGCAAGCCCCUCGCGCAGAGCCCUCACAAUUCCACGAGCAAGACCAGGAUGACUACUUCACGACUCAAAAGCAGAGAAGGAAGCGAGAUAAGGAAGCAAGAAGAGCAUCUUUGGAUCAAGAUCGACAGUCGCCGGAUGGUGAACAUCAUGCCUCCUCGCCAGCUCGUGUUGUUCCGACGGACGAUGACUCUGCACGGAAGCUGCGUGACUCGACAUCGAGAUCUGGGCAACCCCACAACACUAGCGAUGACAACCAGUCUACAGACUAUGCCGUGGCUGGUGCAAUAGCUGGUGCUGCAGCUGCGGUUGGUGCUCUCAUCAACAGUGACAGCUCUCACUCUCCAACUAGGAGAAUGAGCGAGCCAGAAGUCGAUCGCCAACGUGCAAGCCGUUCACAGUCACAACCCCGAGAUGCUGUAUCGCGAUCCACACCCACAUCACCAGUGUAUGAACGACGACCAUCUCUUCCCAGCCAUGCCUUUGACGAUCUCGACAUGCUUCCUGGUAGCAAGAGACCGAAGAAGUCGAAGAGGAACAGUCUGCUCAACUAUCCUACCAUAGGAUCUCCACUUCGGUCUGCUAUGACCUGGGAUGAAUACAUCGAGCCCUUGGACGCUUCAAAACAUGACAAUCAACCUCUGUCGCGAGCGAAUGAGGCCAACGACAAUUUUGGAAUCCCUAUCGAGGAUACGAGAAUAGCGACAACCAAGGAUCUUACUUCUCCCGAGUCCGAGCGUGGAGCUGCAUCUGUCGUCUCUGCUCCUGCUGGAGAUCAAGAUAGUGGCCGAAGACGCAAGAGUAGAUCCCAUCGCGAACAGGAGAAGUCAACCUCCCCUCGCAGAAGCGCAUCAGUCGCAAUGUCUGAACCUUAUGAGAGUUCUCGUAAGCACAAACGGCGAUCACACCGUGACGACGACGACUUUGAUGAUGCAUCAUCUGUUCGCUCCCGUAGUUCCCACAGCUCAAAAAGGGAGGACGACGAAAGCAAGAGCAAGAAGAAGGGUGGCAUAUUGAGUCUCUUCCGUCGCAAGACGUCAGAUGAUAUUCCCAGCAAUGAGCAGAAACGCAUCAAUGGUGAUGGUGAACGCUCGAAGCAUCAUCAUCGCCGUCAUAGCUCUGAGCAUGUGGUCGAUGAGUUCAAUGAACGCCGAGGCUCGACCUCUAGAUCCCGUUCACAUGCCGAAAAGGACGAAGUUUCUUCGAGACACUCAAGCAGUUCUAGACAUCGACGAAGACACCAUCGUGAUGGUAGUGUAGAUGAAGAUGAUGCUGGUUCCCAAGCAUCGGAGUCCAGGCGACGCCACAAGCAUCGUAGUAGGGACCACAGCCGUUCUCCAGAGAAUGAGUUCGAUGAUACUCAAUCCCAAACUUCCGAGUCAAUGCGCCAACAUAGACAUCGUGCUCGAGAUCUGGAUCUGGACGACACAAGAUCGCUCUCACGAGACAGCAAGACCAUCAAAGACGAAGACAAGUCUUUUUUAGUGGAGCGGGUAGAGGAUGAGGAGUCCGUACCUCUACCCGAGGAUGAUGCUCCACCAUCAUUCCAGGCUCCGGAAUCAGUCGAACAUCCACAAGAAACUUUCUCGCUGUCAGCACAUGACAAGAUAGAAGCGAUGGAGCAACCGAAUGAUUCGACAACAUCGCCGACGGUUCUUGACGAGCGGAAGGACUUACCAGAUGUUGCGGUACAAGCGGACGUGGAAGGCCCAACACACCAGGUCGUAAAAGCUCAACCUAGUCGAACCCCAUCAGAGGCGCUGUCACCUCCUUUCGAAUAUAUGACACCCACUAGACCGAUUGUUCCCCUACGUAUCAGCUCCUCUACAGCUGUUCCAUUGAGGUUCCGUCGUCCACCAACAUCUCCUAGUCUUCCACAGGAACGCUCAGCCAGCUUUAGCUCUCCUGUUGCGCAAUCACCGUCAUCGCCAAUAACGCCGAAAGCGAAGAGACCGUUGUCUACGGAGUUCAUGCAUUCCACCGAGUUCAGACCGUUGUACCUGCUCGAACGCACACGCAAGCCUCAAGACCAAGAAGCUGAGCAAAACUUGCCAAGUCUACCCCCAAGCCGUAGCACGAGUUCAUCUAGCUUACAGAGUAGUGAAGAUUGGCAGUCUGCAGCAGAGGACUUUGAUCCUAGCGAACAAGACAACUCGAGUCCACCUGCAUUUGAUCAGUUCCUUACGGAUCAGCCUGAGGACGUGCUGGGAUCCACGCAGACUACACCUAAAGCGACUGAGUUUCCCCAGCAUGUUUUAGAGUCUCGCCCUCAUUUGGAACCAGAGUACUACACAUGGAGUGACAUGGAGCGCGAGGAACACUUACGCAAGGAAGCGGAGAGCGAGCACCAUGAUGAACCGAAAGAAGAGCCCGCUUUCACAGGCGAUGAACAGACUGGAUCAAACUCUGCCGAAGAAAACUUGUUGUCGAACGUGGACACAAAAGUUGUUGUUAACGAAGACCCCAUGGCAACAGAUGUAUGGGGUGAAAUGACCGACGAGGAGCUUCCCAAUACUGAGGCAUCAAUGCAUGAAGAAUCCGCGGAACCUGUCAUGCAAUCACAAGAACCAGAAGCUAGCUCCAACCUCCCAAUCUCAACCACGAAGCGUAAAAACAAGAAAGCAGCCAAACUGGGAACCUCCUCUGUUUCUGAAACCACGAGUCCCGUACGCGAAACUCCAGCAGAGCUCGCAAGAAGACGAAGAAAGGAUGCACAAGAUGCAGUUGACACUUGGUUCACGUCAGAUCCGGAGCCUAGCGAAGGAACCCUUGUCGAGGCCAGUCUUGUGCCAUUGCCAGAAUCGACGACUCCCAUCGAAGUAGAGAGUUCUGCUCCAACGCAAGAGACUGGAGUCUCGAUUCCGGAGGUCGAGCCUGGUUCUCCGUUGCUGUCACGCAAGAAGUCAAAGAAGGGCAAGAAGAAGAAGCAGAAGUCUGUGGUCUCGGACGAUCUGAAUUCUGAACCAACGACAUUAGGAGAACCUUCAGAGCCAGUGUCAAUCGAAGAACCCUCAGAGCCACAGUUGAUCGCGGAAACAGAGCUUCAACAGGAGACGCUCACAGACAGUCAAGCCAAGAGCGAAGUCGAAGGAGGCCAAGCAAGCGCAGGUACUGGAGAGACCGCUCGGGAGCCAGAAUCCAGUAUCGAAGCCGCAGAGGCGAUCGCUCCAAUUGAUGCUAUUAUUGGAUCCGCUACGCCUGUCGAUGUAGAGCAACCUCAAGAUGAUGCACAAAUCGAAGAGCCAAACUAUACCAUGUCCAAAGCAGAGCGCAAGAAGAACAAGAAAAGGCAAAGAAAGCUGCUCUAUCAAUCGCGGUCCCUGCCGCUGNCUGCAGCUGUUUUGGCCACUUCAGAUCGAGAAGCUCCAGAGCACAAUACUGAGGAUCCAGUUGCAAGAUCAGAUCCCUCGCUCAGCCUAGACAAGGACGCCAGGAGACCUACAGACCAGAUUCCGGAAGACAUGUUACCGUCCGUCGAGACAAAAUCAGCUUCAGAACUUAGCACAAGAGAGCCACAGAUCGCAGCGGAGCCAAUGAAUACUUCUCAACUCCAGGCUGAGCUGUCACCUGAACAAGUAGCACUUCCUCAGGAGACUCAUGACGAACUGAAUGAGCCCGAAGCUAUCAAUUCUAUCUCAGAGCUAGCCAUGGAGUCAACACCUGUACCGGAAGCGCCUCUCAAGAAACAGGCUGAGCUUGCAUCUGGAGAACUGCUUGAGGAGAACACAAGAAGCCCGGUAACUACUGUUCCAGGAGCAACAAGUAAAAGAUCCUCUUGGUUCUCCUGGCUACCAGGCAGUAAAUCGCAGGCAGCUGAUGAAUCCAAGGCUGAGUUGGAAGCACCUGAAGAUGAGCCAAAGGAGCCCAACGUUUUGACACAGGAGCCUUUUGAGCGACUUCUUGAGCAGCCGAUGCAACAUCCUGAGUUUGUUGAAGAAUCUGGUAUCGUCCCUGACACUGCCGAAGACACAUCAGAGUCAGACCGGAAGAAGGCAGAUCGCCAUGAGACUGAUGCAACAGUCGAUGAAAUCAAGAACGACGAAAAGUACGUCAAGGAUAUAGGAGUCUCUAUCGCUCAACCACAAGUCGAAGAAAACUUGCCACUAGAGAUCGAGGCAUCGGCAGAUAACAGAGAAGAUGUUGAGAUGGUUGAGAGCGCUGCGCCUAUCGCUCAAGACGACCUGCCGUCUGCUACGGCGACCGCCAGCACGUUUGAUUACGCGCCGGAUAAGGUUGAGACUAGUGCUAAUCUCCCUGAUUCAAGUGUAACAGGGACCGCCGCUGAUGUUCUGUCACAUACAGCCCAAGGAGAAGAUUCUGCCUUACUGAGUAUAGAACCUGAACUAGCUGAAGAUCCCUGGGCCAUGCCGUUCAAGAAAAGCAAGAAAGGCAAAAAGGCAAGAAAGCAGCAAAAGAGAAAGCACUUUGAUAACCCUGACACCAUCGAGAAUGACAAAACUAUUGAGGCUGUGGAGCCCACGCUGACAGGCGAUGUCGACAUCCAGGGUUCCGGUUUUGAAGUUGCAGAGAGUGAG